AUGCAAGCUAUUCCAGCUCAUCGUGAUAAUUCUGAUAAUAUGCUUAUGUAUCAACCUCAAGACGAUUAUCAUGUCGGCCCAGAAACUGUUGCUGCACUUCCGACCGAAGAACACCACAACCAGCAAACACAGCAACAUUUUGACCAAGCGCCUACCGACACGACAUAUGUUUCUCCGUGGGCAUUCUCUAACGAAUAUUCACCAUACAUUCCACGACAACCAGUAUACGAAAAUCAUCAGAAUCAGCAUGAGGAUCUAUACAUAAGAAUCAACACCACUUACAUGGAAACCAUGCCAACAUACAACAAUGGAUUACAGCUCCAAAACAAUCAAUGUGUGGAAGCACACUCGUAUCUGACACCACCACCAACUCCAACAGCGACAAGUGAAUCGCCAUUUAGCAUACGGAAGAUAUCGAAUACGAGUGCUGGUACUGCAUCACAGUCAUCAACACCACCAGAGUCUCCGGAUUCAUCGUAUGGUGUAUCAUUGUUCACCUGUGGAUUUUGUGAAAAGAGUUUUGUAAAAGUCACCUGGCUAUGCAUAGUGGAGAGUUGGAUUACACAUGCGACCAUUGCAGUCGAGGCUUUAAACGAGCCAACGAUUUACGCAGACAUGAAAGAAUUCAUACAGGAGUCAAACCAUUCGGAUGCGAAGAAUGUGGACGCAGAUUCGCAAGGACAGAUAAUGCAUCAAGGCAUAAAUGCCGUCCAAAUUAGUGCAACCCGUAAAGAGUCUCAACCAUUUACCGUCAUCCAGAUAAAGAAGGACGACGAUCCACGGUUGUCGCCAGCUCUGAAGCCGUAUAGCUCUCAUCACCAACACUACUUGAAUAUGCAGCUUCAGCAAGCAGAGCACGAUUAUACCCACGCACCAGUGAUCAACAUACUCUCGCCAUACCAGUACCCUCUUUCGUCGUGGCAUGCGCAUUAUCAAUAUCAGCAGUCUAUCGCCAUGUUAUAUCAUCGUCCAAUAUACAGCAACUAUCAUUAUGUUGCAGAUGGGCAGUACGGUGCUCGAAUCAACUCUCCUAUAAGUGAAGCGGCUUCCAGUGACGUGUCGGUUGCAUCAUUCACGACGUUAAGGGAUGAUGAGCCGCAACAGCAGCAACCAUUGUAUGACUACACUAGUUAUCCAUCGCCACCACGAUCUGUAUCCUGUGAUAUGAGGGAGCAGCUGACAAUUAGUACAAUUGUGAAUCCGAGGGUUUUGGAAGGUGGAAUGUCGUCCCCUGUUGAUGAGGAGGUUAACAAGGUGGACGCAGAAGGAGAUAUCGAAGGAGACGAAGAAGAUGAGGAGGACGAGGACGAGGAGGUAGUCGUGAAGAAAUCUGUCAAGAUAUCUAAACGUAAGAGAAGGCGUUCGGAUGGUCGCACUGUGAGCUUGGAUUGUCCGCAUUGUGAAAAGUCGUUUUCUAAGUGA